AUGAAGAAAUGGCCGACCGUGGCUGCACUGUCUGAAGCUACCCUUGAGGAAGUAAAUUCAUUGUGGUCUGGUCUUGGCUAUUAUUCACGUGCACGUCUUGUUUACGAGGGUGCUAAGAAGGUUGUAGCUGAUUACGGUGGAACCAUACCAAACAGUGCUGAAAAAUUAAAGUCGGUUAUUCCUGGUAUCGGACGUUAUACAGCAGGGGCGAUUGCCAGCAUCGCCUUCAAUGAGCAAGCUCCCGUGCUUGACGGGAAUGUGAUUCGUGUGCUUACUCGGCUCCGUUGUAUUGGCGCUCCGGUUCAGUUGAACUCGACAAAUUUGCUGCUUUGGAAAUUAGCCGAUCAGCUAGUGGAUCUCGACCGUCCGGGUGAUUUCAAUCAAGCCCUGAUGGAGUUGGGAGCAGUUGUAUGCACUCCAAAACAGCCCAGUUGUACUGUAUGCCCUCUGGGUACCACUGAUAUCUGCAUGGCUUAUGCACAGGAACGGAACGCAUUGCGCUCAUCAGCUGCCAUGAGUAAAUUGACCAGCACAAGGCUAACGGGAUCCAUUCCUCCGCCUUCGGCUCCAGAUAUUGAAGAUUGUACCCUCUGUAUUUCCAGUGAUGUGUAUAAAUUCAGUCUGGGUGUAACGAACUUCCCGGUGAAGUUGAGUAAACGACCAGUACGAGAAGAGACAACAGUGGUAGUUGUGUUACAUGUGAUGCACGGUGGCUUGUCCCAUUUUCUGCUCUUCCAGCGACCGAAAACAGGCUUACUUGCCAGUUUGUGGGAAUUUCCCAGUCAAAAAGUAGAUGCAAUUUCUGGACAAACGGUACAGCUAUCGGAAGUGAAAAAAGUGCAACUUGCAAUCAUGGACCGUAUCAAGUCAGCAUUAGAGUCCACGCGCUUGGAUGACAGUGGUAUGCAAUCCAUUGGUCAGGUGAGAUAG